AUGUCGUCUGCAAAUCUCGAUAAUCCUGAUUUGACAUCCGAGCAGCGUAGGACAAUUAUAUCUCCUCAUGACAAAGGUAUACAAACAAGUAUUGAAGAAAAUCUAUGUCCUUGGCCAUCUGCAUGGGAUAUUUCAUUGGUUGAAAAAAGUACUUUAUGUAAGGAUCCAUUACAUGAAAUUGAAGAAAAGUACUACACAUCUUUGAAAGAGAAGAUUGUUGAUAUCAAUAUAAAUUCAAGCUGCCCUCUUACAUUUACAUACACUGCAAUGCAUGGAGUAUCUCAUAAAUUUAUGACCAGAGCAUUUGAAGAAUGUGGUUUUAAACAUUAUGUUCCUGUUAAAGAACAAAUGGAUCCAGAUCCAGACUUUCCAACUGUUAAAUUUCCUAAUCCUGAAGAAGGUAAAAGUGCCUUGGAUUUAUCAAUACAAACAGCUAAUUCCAGUAACAGUACUGUUAUUUUAGCAAAUGAUCCUGAUGCAGAUAGACUAGCCAUUGCAGAGAAAAACAAUGGUGAAUGGAAAGUCUUUACUGGAAAUGAGAUUGGUGCUUUAUUGGGUGCAUGGUUAUGGUAUGCCUUUGAAGAAAAGAAAACUAACAUACCAGCAUCUGAUGUGUACAUGAUAUCAAGUACUGUAUCAUCAAAAAUUUUAAAAGCUAUAGCUUCUAAGAAAGGAUUUAAUUUUGUAGAAACACUAACUGGAUUUAAGUGGAUGGCAAAUAAAGCAUGUGAAUUAAUGGCAAAUGGAAAAACAGUGUUGUUUGCAUUUGAAGAAGCUAUUGGAUUCAUGUGUGGUACCACAGUCUUAGACAAAGAUGGUGUAGGAGCAGCAAUGGCUAUUGCCCAACUUUGUGCACAUUUGAAUGCCAGAGGUCUAACAUUAACUAAUGAACUUGAAAAUAUUUAUAAACAAUAUGGUUACCAUGUUAGCAACAAUUCCUAUUAUAUUUGCCAUGAUCAACUUGUGAUAAAUGCAAUGUUUGAUCGAUUGAGAAACUUCAAUGGCCCUGACUCGUAUCCAACAAAUCUACAGCAGUAUAAAAUUCAGGGGAUAAGAGAUUUAACCACAGGUUAUGAUAAUACUCAACCAGAUAACAAGGCAAUUUUACCAACUAGUAAAUCUAGUCACAUGAUUACAUUUUACUUCACAAAUGGAUGUGUAGCCACCUUGCGCACCAGUGGAACUGAACCAAAGAUUAAAUAUUAUACAGAAUUAUGUGCAGAACCAUCUCGCAGUGAUUGGGAGGAGCUUAAAGAAGACUUAGGAAAAUUAGUCACUCUCAUGGUAGAAGAAUGGAUGCAGCCAGAAAAGAAUAAUUUGAUCCCACGUUCUGAUUAAGCUUGAUGUUUCGUUUGAUCAGUUUUAUUGUAAAGUUUUGAUUGUUUAAUAUUUAUAAAGAGAAGGACUGUUUAUUUCCUCUCUUAAUUUAUUAUCAGGAACAUCAAAUUUUAUUGUUGCAUUCAUUCCACUUACUGAAAAUAUGAUUUAUGAAGAUACAAAAAUAAUGCCAAAUAAUAUAAAUGUGUAGAAAGUGCUUGUAAUGACCAGAAUAUAUCUGGAUUUGUAUAAAAUAACAACAAAUUUUUGCCUGUGGCAGAUAAAAAAAAAUAUAUAUAUAUAUGUAUUGUGCUUCUGUUUAUUUGAAGCCUGUUUGUGAUUUGAGUUUCUUUAAAAAAAUUCAGUAAAUUGUAUUUCUACAUGGAAUCAUCACCACAGAAUUGAAAUGCAGAUAAUCUAGUUUUAUAUCAAAUAAAAGAUUGUUGAAAUUAAAACUAAAGUUUUUGUUGUUUAAAAAUUACAACAAAUAGUUAUAAUAUGGAAUGACAAUUAUAUAAAUGUUUUUGAAACCUAAUAUUUAGAAAAUACUGAUUUUUGUGAUUUUAUUUUAUAUUGAAGCAAGAUGUCUUUUGUUAGAACAAAGUAUUUUCAUAAACUGCAAUUAUAGAUUUGUCUAUACAUUUAAAAAUAUAAUUGCUACUGUGAAUUUUGAAAAGAUCGCUGUUAUAAGUGAGCAUGUAAUAAAAAAUUUAAAAGCAGCAUUUGCUAUUGUUUACUUUAUUAUUAUGACAAAAUUCACACACAAACACUUUAUGUUGAAAAAAGUUGUUAGCAUGAAUAUCUUGUAAAAGUUUUUGUAUGAGAAUUCAUCUAAAGUGGAGAGUAAUUGUU